CAAGAUUUUCCCUAUCAAUUAUGCUUCGAUGUUCAGGAAAUAUCUAAAAUCAUACUGAUAAUUUCAAUUCAAGAAAUUGGUAUUGGCCUAUAUAAAGUUAUAAACUAGAUAUUACCAUUUUCAGUUUUUACGUAAUGCGUUUACAGCAAGCUACUUCUGUGAACCCCAACCACACCCAAAAUCUGGAGAAAUCGGAAAUGGAGUCGGCACGAGAAAAUGGGAUCGUCUGUGAUGCGAAUGGCAAAACCAAUGCUCCAUGGACCAUCGCUACGAGUUGGGUCGUAGCUCAUGGGUCUACCCAGGCUUCCGUCACGGUUGACUCCUCCGAUUACCCCAUUGAUGAGCCCGACCCGGAAACUGCGGCCCGUAAUUCGCCUCUUCUUCUCAAUCCGUCACUGCCCGAUUCUGGCCCUUGCGAAAUUAAGAUAUGUUUUGGUCAGAAGUAUGACGUCAGUCAAAUUUAUGUUCGGAGCACCGCUCGUGUGUAUGAAGUCUAUUAUGCCCAUCAUCCAAAUAGUAGCAGUGAAUAUCUUUGUACUGUUAAAUGUGGUGUUGCCGAAAGGGAUGGAAUAAUACUGCAAACCAGUUGCAUCGAAGAUGUUGGCAAGGAGCAUAGUGAGUGUUUAUCGGGUGAAAUAACUAAAGACAGUGUUGCUGAUGGGGAAACUAGUGUUUCUAGUGAGGAUGAAUGGGUUAAGAUUAAAGUACCUGAGGUUGAGAGUAACUCUGUGCCAGAUAAGGUUAAUACCAACAGGAUGGAAAAUGUGCAGGAUCUUUAUGAGGCUACAGCACAGAUAAGCGAUGCAGAUCCUUGCUCGGUGCUUACAAUUAGGUUGCUGUCCCUUCAGGACAAAAGAAAUGUGUAUGUUGAUGAAAUUUAUGUGUUUGCGGACCCUGUGGAGUCGACUGAAGCAGGAAAUGAGACGGUAUUGGCAGGAAGCUCCACUCAAAGUUCUCUAAUGGCCAUGUUUGUCCCCACUCUUCUGCAAUUGUCAAAAUCAGGUGCACACCAUGUUCAAGACAAAUAUAGUUCUGUUAAAGGGUUUAAGGACAAUGAGAUGGAUGCUGCUGGUAAGGGGUUCGGGAAUAAUAAGAUGGAAAAUGGUUCCAAAAGGAAUGAUGAAAGUGAGGUCCUCUCACAAAUAAACCAAGUUGAUAAACAAUAUGCGAAGCCAAAAGAACUUGAGAAGGAUAUUUUGAAAGAUCCUGUAACAAAAUACGUGGAGCCUGUAAACAUGAAGGAUUCACCUCCAGUACUCCUUGAAAGAGCUUUGGAGCAGCUUAUUUCUCGAGUGAGCAGAGUGGAAGAUAUUUGCCUGAGGUUCGAAGAAAAAAUGAUGAAGCCCAUUGAAAGCAUAGAGGCAAGGCUUCAAAUGGUCGAGCAUCAACUUCAGAAACUUACUGAUAAUACUAAUCAUUAUGCCUUGCCACGUGGCACGAAAAUCUGUGCCCCUACAUUUUCAUACUGUGAAUCAAAUUCAAGCUCAUUCAACGCCGAGCAAAGUGAUUUACCAGCUUCUAGGGCAUCAGAGCUUGAAACCAGGGGUUCGUUAUGUAAUAACAUGGCCAAGUUAACCCAUGAUGCAAAUUUUCUUCCUGGUCUUAUAGUUAGUGCACCUGAGUUCCCAUGUGAAGAAGAUGAAGAAGACUUUGAACCAGCAAAGGAAUCUCCUAGUGUGGAACCGAAGAAAGCUUUGUCAGUUGAUGAUGCUUUAGCGGCUGCCCUUAAUGGGUUUUUAUCCACUGCUGGAAUUCAUCCAUCUGACGGUCAAGCAUCUUCAAUCUUUUCCGGAACAGUUAAUGAGGGAAACAAUCAAGAAGAUACUGGUUCUAUCACAAUCGAAGUACAAGAAUUCCUGUCAGCAGAUAAUGUCAAUGGAGAUUCUUUGCAGAAUGGCCAUGGCUUUACAUGUAGGGCUCCUGAAUUCAUUGAAGAGAAAAACAGCAAUGAUGAAUAUUUGAAUUAUGCCCCGAUCCCUUUGGGCACGGAUUCCGAAAUUAAGAAUGAUGAACAUGAAGGCGGUGUUUUUGGCGAAAAACUGAGUGCCCACGACUUUGAGUCGGAAUCUCAUAUUGGCCUCCCUGCUGCUUUUGAAGAAAAUAAAGUGGAUGGUGACUUUGAAAGGGAUACUGUUUUCAGUUCUGUCAAGACUUGUAUUGAUGCUAAACCUGACCUAGACAAGGGCUCCAUGGAAGCUAGGAAAAAUAGGAUUGAUGGUAUUUAUGAUGAAACUAAUCCAGGGAAAACGGCUGAUUCGAACCCAGAUGAUGGUGAUGACUUGAUUUUGAGGCGGGGUUUAGGAAUUGCAUCAGCAAGUAUAUCUGAAGAUCCAGAAAAACAUGAUAAGAUUCCAAUUGUCUGUGACACUUCAUCUCCUUCCAUGUUGGACUUUGAGUUCCCUAUUUUGGAAGUGAAAUUCACGUCUGACAUGUCUGCCAUUACUAAAACCCCCCUCGAAGCUCUUUUAGGUGGAGCAAAAGAAUCUGAUACCAAAGUCCUUUCUGCUGCCGAUGAUUAUAAUGAUGAUGGGAAUACUGAGCAUAUUAAUGGUGGUGUUGAGGAUGGUAAUGAAACGACCGAUCUUUUGCCUAUUAAGGAUCUUUUAAUCGAUACUGGAGUUUUUUCUAUUGCUGAUGGCUUGGAGGAUGGAUCUGACAGAUUGUGUGAUUCAAGCACCCCGCAGAUCAAUGCAAGUCUUAUUUGAUAUUUAGGGAAAGUAGUAAAUGUGUAUAUAGUUUCACGAAGCAGCAGUUUUAAAUUUUAAUUUUAUUCAACAUUUCUCUUAUUAGUUGGUGUGAAAGACAGGAGGAGGGCCUCUGACUUAACAAACUAAACCUUCUGUUUUCUGUAAAGGAUUUAGACUUGAGUUGUGGUUAGGUAUGGGAUUAUGAAUUAAUUUCUGGUAUUGUGGGAACAUUGCAUUGAUCUCCUUACGGUUUCUAUUCGCCUUACAUAUACAACUAACUAGGUGUGCUUUUAUGAUAUUAUAAACAAUGUCAGGAGUUUGUUUCAGACGUCAUUAUGAAC